AUGACGGAAUUCCAUCAAAUCUUUCCACUUUCUCUCUACCCUAAUUCACUUAAUGUGAAUGAAUUUGGAUAGUUUCUGUUUUUUCUGUUCUUCUAACCCAUCAUUCCUAUCUUGUGUGAAUAAUGUAACAUCAUCCAUUUAUCUCUAUAAAUUUGAGACCCACCAUACAUAAGCUUUUCACUGCUCACUGCAAUCUUUUUCUUCUGAUCUUCUUGUUCGUUCUCUUCUACUUUAUAUCUAUAUAAACGUGUAAGGAUUAAGGGUGGUGAUAUAUGCAGCUGGCUUGCCGAUCCUCAAAGAUCAUAUCAUAUACAUAAUUGCAAUUAUUUUUAUUUAUUCAGUUGGAAAAGUAGAUAGCCGAGGCAGAGAGAUCUGAUCUCUGAUAAUUAAGAAUUUAAGAUGGAGCGAGGUGGUGGUGGAGACGAAGACAAGUUCAACAAAUAUGCUUUGGCUUGUGCCGUGGUUGCUUCCAUGGUGUCCAUCAUAUUUGGUUAUGAUACGGGUGUUAUGAGUGGAGCCAUGAUUUUCAUCAAAGAAGAACUCGGAAUCAGCGACACACAACAAGAAGUGCUCGCCGGAAUCCUCAACAUAUGCGCACUGUUUGGCUCCUUAGCCGCCGGAAGAAUCUCCGAUUACGUUGGUCGACGCUAUACAAUCUCCAUGGCCUCCAUCCUCUUCAUGCUUGGUGCAAUCCUCAUGGGCUACGGCCCAAACUACGCAAUUUUAAUGACUGGAAGGUGCGUCGCCGGCGUCGGCGUCGGUUUUGCACUCAUGAUAGCACCCGUUUACUCUGCAGAAAUCUCCUCCGCCAAAUCCCGCGGCCUUCUAACCUCCCUCCCCGAACUUUGCAUCGGUAUCGGAAUCUUACUUGGCUACAUACUAAACUACGUAUUCGGAAAAUUCUUGCCAUUGAAGCUUGGUUGGAGAUUGAUGCUUGGUGUAGCCGCAGUUCCUUCACUCGCCUUAGCUAUAGGGAUUCUCUUCAUGCCAGAAUCCCCAAGGUGGCUUGUGAUUCGUGGUCAUCUACCAAAGGCAAAGAAAGUUCUGCUGAAAAUUUCGAACACCGAACAAGAAGCAGAGAAUCGGUUCAAUGAUAUAAAGCUCGCAGCAGGUAUUGGUGAUGAAAAUAACUCUUUAGCAGCUAAGGAAAACCAAAAUGGCAAAAGCGUUUGGAAAGAGUUGUUGUUGCAUCCUUCUCCUCCGGUUCGGUGGAUGCUCUUGACGGCGGUUGGGAUUCACUUCUUCGAACACGCCACUGGGAUCGAGGCGGUUAUGUUAUACAGUCCAAGAAUCUUCAGGAAAGCCGGUGUUACGAGCAAGGAGCAUCUUCUACUAACGACGAUUGGGGUUGGACUCACGAAGAUUACUUUCUUGGUGAUAGCGUCGUUCUUGCUUGACAGAGUUGGGAGGAGGAAGCUCUUGCUGGUAAGCCUCGGCGGCAUGGUUUGUGCGCUUGCGGUGUUAGGGUUCAGCUUAACAAUGGUGGAGGGGUCCCCUGAGAAGAAGCUCGCGUGGGGUUUGACACUAAGCAUAGUUGCUACUUACACCUUUGUUGCGUUCUUUAACAUUGGGCUUGGGCCUGUGACGUGGGUCUAUAGCUCAGAGAUAUUUCCCUUGAGACUGAGGGCUCAAGGGGCCAGUAUUGGUGUUGCGGUGAAUAGAGUGAUGAAUGCUACGGUUUCUAUGAGCUUUAUUUCGAUCUACAAGGCCAUUACUAUAGGGGGAGCGUUUUUCAUGUUUUCUGGAAUAUCUAUAGUGGCUUGGUUGUUCUUCUAUUUCUUGAUGCCUGAGACCAAGGGUAAGGCCUUGGAAGAAAUGGAGAUGGUUUUCACCAGAAAAAGUCAUAGAGAUGUUGCUGCUGCUGGAACUCAUAAUGAUACGAGAUAGUACGUAUGAUAUAUAUGUUUGUGUUUGUAGAUAUACGGUAUUAUUAUUACUACUACUUCUACAAAACAAAUAUAUAUAAAAAUGGGACAUCAGUUUUGAUGUUCAAAUUACAAUUUUUAUCAGGUUAUACAUGUACUGCUUGUUGACAAUUUAAACUUGAUUUCACUUUGAAAUCCUGGUUGUGAUUGAAUCUCUAUGUAUAUUACAAUGGAUUUAAGAUGCUUAAUCUAGAUUUGAAACUUUUACUAAUAUAAGGAUGGAGUGGAGUUGAUCAUAAUU